AUGGCUACAGCUGCGGUCCAACACGCUCCAGGCAAUGCCAUCGGGCAUGUGGUCGAGCCUCUUGCCGCGAAGACGACCAAGCCCGCGAAACACGACGUCACCGCGGAGGUGUACUACUACAAGGAUCCAGGUGACGGGACUCCUCCUGAGCCUUCUUACGUCGGAAAGCCCAAUUCGUACCUCCGUCCCCACGUCGCGCAGAGCGUGGUCAUCCACGACGUCUCCGGGGAUGAAGACAAAUACACCAUCGACAGCCAUGGGUUCCAGUACAUCAGGCAUGAGAGCAAGGAGAAGGACUUCGUCGACAACGACAAGAUCAAGGCUGAAUACUACCCGGAAGUUGAACAGCUUCUGAAGGAUACCACCGGAGCCUCGCGCGUCCUGAUCUUUGACCACACCAUCCGCCGGGCGACGUCCGAUGUCCGCGAUAUCGCCGGCCAGCUGCGCGGGCCUGCCCGCCGGGUGCAUAUCGAUCAGUCGUACGGGGCCUCGGAGAACCGUGUCCGAUACCAUCUGCCCGAUGAGGCGGACGAGCUUUUGAAGAAGCGCUUCCAGAUCAUCAAUGUCUGGCGACCGAUCAAUACGAUCCUCAGAGACCCGCUCACGCUCGCCGACGCCCACACCGUUCCCGACAGCGACCUCGUGCCGGCCAAGCUGAUCUACCCAGACCGCGAGGGCGAGACGUACGCCGUCAAGCCCAGCCCGAACCACCAGUGGUACUUCAAGUACGCCCAGCGGCCCGACGAGCCACUGCUGAUCAAGUGCUACGACUCCCUCGACGACGGACGCGCCAGGAGGAUCCCGCACACGGCGUUUGUCGAUCCAGAAUACGAGAACGGCCCGCCCAGAGAGAGCAUCGAGGUGAGGACGCUGGUGUUUUAUGAUUAUUAG